CUUUGUAGUAGCAGAAAUUUAGUGUCCUGUCUGCUUAUGCAUUUUAACGUUGUUCUUGUGACGUGAAGCUUUGUUUAAUAUUGUAGGUUAUGUUCCUAGCUAAGUAAUUGAUUGUCUCUGAGAGGAUAAUAUGGGUAGAAAAUAUGUAAUGUUUGUGACUUUUGCUUAUGUGUUUUAUUCACUUUUAUUCGUUUACUCAGAUUGUACUCACAUCACUGGAACAUGGAAAACCAGCGAGUUUUUCAAAUUUUUAGUGAAAUUUGGAGUUCAAAAAACAGACCUUCGUUUUAAGGAGGAUACUUUGGGAUACAUUUUUGGAAAUAUUACCCUGAAGAGUAAUUUUAAACACGAAGCUACUCUAGCAGUGUUGGAUAGAGCAUAUUUUUUGGAAUAUUAUGGUAACAGAACAGUUGAGGAUAAAGAAGAAGCUUGUAGAAGGAUGUUUAAUAAAAUUAAGAGCAUAACAUAUGAUCCUGUGUGUGAAACUGUUGAUGGUAAACGUGAAGAUUUUUUGAGGAAAGUACCAUGCCCAAAAUAUGAACUCUGUUAUGAUGAAGAUAAAUCUUACAAAGGUGUUAAAGGCUCACAGUUUACUUAUAAAGUUGAAGAUCUUAAAGAACCCAGGUUCUGGUACGUGAGUCUGGUGGCAUGUUAUCGUAACAAUUCAGUGGACUGUGACUUCCACCACAUCACCGAGGAAGCAGAGCUGGAGUAUGACAUCUGGUUGGUUAAUGGUAACCCCAAUGCCACCAGUUUCAACCCUCUUGUCUACCAAUUCUCUUUCGACAGGCAGAACACGCUGCUGUUGUAUCUGUUAUUCUUCAUGUGUUACCUCGUGUUGGUACCACUGCAAAUGUACGCAGUGACAAGACAGCGCCACCCAGUCACUCGGCUGUUCACCGCCAGUCUGCUCCUAGAAUUUGUGGGCCUCAUGUUCAAUGUUAUUGAUGUAAUCAAGUACUCCAUGGAUGGCGUAGGCACACCUAACCUCGCAGUAGCGGGAGAUGUCCUUGACAUACUGUCUAGGGUGAGUUGAUUAUAAUCAAAAUCAUUUAUUGAUUUUUUUUUUAUACAUAAAA